AUGGAACCAACGACUACGAACUCACCCAGUGAGACAAACCAACAACCCUCAUCAUCCUCCUCCUCCUCCGACAAGAUCAUCUGCAAUGGCUGCAAACUGACUCUCGAGGAGAAUGGAACGGCAAGCGAUAGCGUCGUCGUCUCAAUCGGCAACUCACUCUGGCAUGUCGAUUGCUUUCGAUGUGCAAAGUGUCGCAACCUCGUCGAACAUGAUACCAAUCUGCUCCUACUCUCCGAUGGCUCGCCCGUCUGCGAGAACUGCUCGUACAUCUGCUCGGUCUGCAAACUGCCCAUCUCAAACGAAGCCAUCGUCACCGGCGAGGAAUCCUACCAUGCCGACUGCUUCCGAUGUCGAUCGUGCUCCAACAGGAUCGAGGAACUCAUCUUUGCCAAAACCAGUCAGGGUAUCUACUGCAUGACCUGCCACAACGAACGUGUCACAAGAUCCAGGCGUCAUGCCGAGGCCAAGCGGAACAAGUCAACCAAUCCCAAUCCCAGCGCUGGGAGCAAGAAGGAUCGCGACAGGGAGAGAGACAAGGAUCGUCCUCAGAACUCAUCAAACCAUCGUUCUCGAUCAAAAACCCCUCUCCCCAUCGGCUCUGCAAAACCCACCAACUCCGCAUCUAGCUACUCCCCCCUCAACACCUCAUCUUCUACCAUCGAUCCAUCAUCCACCACCACCAACAACAACAACUCAGCACCAACUUCUUCAUCAACCAUCACAGCCGCUCAUCCCCAUCUGCCCAACCUGCCCUCUCACUCAGAUCCAUCCAAAUCACUCUCCAGCUUACCCAACACCCCUCGCUCCCCCAAUCCUCCCUUGAAAUCAAAAUCUAGCUCCAACUCACUCUUGAACUCUUACCUCAACCAUCAUCAACCCGGUUUGGCGAGCUCCCACGGCUCAGCCACCUCAGCCAAGGACUCAAACUCCUUCGAUCAAGCCCAUCGAGCCCUCCAGACCAGCAAAUCUGCAUCCCAAGUGCCUGCCAAUCGUCGUCGAGGUGGCUCGGCUUCAUCGGUCCAUGUCCUGCCUACCAGUCAGUCUGGCGACCUGCGUACCCAUCCGCCCAUCAGCCUACUUUCCCAAGCCUCCUCCAACCUCUCCCGACCUUCGACUGCCGAUGGUAACGGCCCAUCCAUCAGCCCUCUCCACUCACACUUUACCUCAUCCGCCAUCAAUCGCUCCUACGAGUCCUCCCCUCAUCUUCCCCCCAAUCAAUCCCACAUCCAAUCCGACUCGGAACGGAUCAUGAUGGACAGAAACAGGACCAUAGUCCCCAAAACUGAUCAAGUCGAUCCCAAACUCAGAGUCAAGCAUCGAUCCGUUUCCUUGAGUUCAUUCGAUGAACUCACCCUUCAAAAUCCUCUCAAAGACCCCUCAUCACAUCCCGGCCCAGGCUCAGAUACUCAUCAUAACAACUUGAAUACCACCUUGGACAACACCGCAUUCUCCUAUAACGACAUCUUCUCAUCCCUCGAUCACAAUCCGGAAGGUCAAGCCGACGACCCCACUCGGCUCAUGUCUCAAUUAGAGCUCUCGGCCAUCGAUAUCGAGGAUCUUCUGGCCACACCCACCGCCGCGGAUUCUGGAGAUACACAUGUGGCCUCAACAACCCCAGGUCCGCCCGAGAUCGAAGAGAUCACCAAGAAGGUUCGCGAGUCGAUCAGUCUGAGCCGCGACAAACCCACUCAGGCUACAGGCCUGGGCUUGGACGUCGGAUUAGUAGAAAAACUCCUGUGGGAGCUAGACGAGACUAAGGAAAGAAUGAAAGCCUUACAGGACGAAUAUCAACAGAUGAAACGAGUCAGUCGAACCGCCUAUGAGGGCUUCAGUUUGGCAAGGCAAAAUUACGAUAAUCAAGUCCUACAACGUGAAGAAGCUGAAGCAAAGAUGAACGAACUCAAGACGAGGAUGAUCGAACAAGCUUCAAAAUUAAGAGAGAUGGAUUCCUUGAGAACGCUAGAGUAUCAAUCCGAAGAACUCAAAGACUCCGUCUCCGGUCUGCAGAAACAUGUCAGUCAGCUAGUUGCCGAACGAGACUUUAGGAUCGCCGAAGUGGAGGCACUGAACCACGCUAAGAAGGAAGGAGAGCUUCCUGCAGGCGAGGCACUUUCGGAACGAUUCGAUCAGCUCCGUCACCGAUAUCUCCAAGAGCUUCAAGACCUGGCUACUGAGCGCGAUCGAUUGAAAGAAGAAGUGGCUCAUCUGACGAAUAUUCGGGAAUCACAAGCCAAGGAGCUAGCGUCCUUGAAUCAGCGUCAAGACGCUCUGACCGAGAUGAAUGCAUCGGCGGUCAAAAGAUUAGAAGAGACCAAAAGCACGACCUCGCGCAUCCUCGGCCGAUAUGCAGCGUCGGCCUCCGCGGCCAAGCCCAGCCUACAAUCCCCGACCGCCUUGACCGGCCAGCCGGGCUCUCAAGAGUCAGACUUCCCGAUCCAGAUGUCGCCCGAGGUGAACAUCGCGACCACGCGCAAGUUCAAGUGGGGCAAGAGUCACACACACAAAGCUUCGACGGCCACCAGCUCGCGUCAACAUCAGCAUGCCAAGAAUGCCAGCUCCAUCAGUACACCCGAAUCAGUCGGGAUCAAUAAUGGAUCGGGGAACAACGAUGGUAAUAGUAACCAUCAUUUGGCUAACAAUUCGAACAGCAACAAUCUCAACCAUUUGCCCAACAACUCCUCAUCUGGAAAUCUCUCCAACGCUGCUGGUAAUCCCGGCGCCAACAGUAACUCUUCUAACACUGCCUCGAGCUCGAUCGUCGGCUUGCGUCCGCACAGCUUUCAGCCCGUCAGUGCUCUCAGACCUGUCCGAUGCGAUUACUGUGGUGAUAAGUUAUGGGGAUUGGCUGAAGUGAGAUGUACAGCCUGUGGGAGUUACAGUCACACAAAAUGUGCGGCCAAUUUCUUUGGCUGUCACGCCUCGAACGGCCCAAAUAAUCCAAGCCAGAGCACCUCCUCUGGCAGUCUCAUCUUGGGCGGUUCUAAUGAGGAGGACGCGGAGAGCGUCUUGUUUGGUAACGAUCUGAUCGCUCAAGCUAGAGCUGAAAACAAAUUGGUGCCGAGUGUGGUCACUAAAUGCAUCGAAGCCGUUGAAGAACAAGGGCUUAACUUUGAAGGUAUUUAUCGCAAGACCGGAGGAAUGUCGUCGGUGAAAAUGAUCCAGAAUUGUUUCGAAAGAGGCCAGAGUAUGAACUUCAACGACCUCGACAAGUUCAACGAUAUCUCCGCCAUCACCUCCACUUUAAAGAACUACUUCAGACAACUUCCCAAUCCAUUAUUCACUUUUGAAUUGCAUGAAGCGUUUGUAACUGUUGCCACGAUGGCCCAGGAGAAUAUUCGAUUAGAGGCAUUAGAAAGAGUGAUCUACCAAUUACCGGCGGUGCAUUUUGAGACCCUGAAGGUCUUGAUGAACCAUCUGAGCAAGAUCGAGAAGCAAUCGGAGCACAACAAGAUGACCUCCCAGAACCUGGGCGUGAUCUUUGGGCCGACCCUACUGCGGUCCUCGAACCCUCAUCGGCAGUUCUCGGACAUGCCGUUCACCGCCAAGAUCGUCGAACUCACCGUCCUCAAUCGGCCGCUCCUCUUCCGCAAACCCUUCGGCGCUCCGUCCUCCUCCUCGCCCUCUUCCUCUCCCUCUAACAAUAACUCUGCUUCUAAUCAGAGCCAAUCAUCUUACUCCCACCAUUCUAACCAAUCGAUCUCCCUCCUUCAUCACCAACAACAACAACAAGGCCCUCAUCAUCAUCUGCUCACCCAUUCUUCUCCUGUCUCUAAUCAUCAUCAUCAUCAUCACCAUCAUAACGGAAUCCAGCAACCUUCUUCUUCUGCCUCCUCUUCUUCCGCCUCUAAUCUCUCGUGUAAUCCGCAACCUUCUUCUUCGGCCUCUUCUUCUUCUAAUCUUCUCGCUUAG